CACAAGAUUACACUGCACAGGGAGAUGGUGGGUAUCUUUUCUCUUUCCCCUCUAUUUUAACUUCCUUUAUGGCUGUCCCCCUAUCACCAGCAUCCAGCUCAGGGUGUGGGAGGGGAUCCUUGUGCGCUCGUAUUCUUGCAAGAGCAACUAGAAGGAACCCUAGGGCACAGUUGCAGUAGUAGUUGUCUUCUCUAAGGGGGCCCUGAAAUAACAUGGACCGUAUGUACUAAGGGCCCCCAGGCCAACAAACUGAAUCAAAGACGUAAGCACGAACCGCACCAUGGUGGCUGAGGAGGUUAUCAUCACCCUAUCCGGAGGAGCACCAUGGGGCUUCAGACUACAGGGAGGAAUCGAGCACCAGAAGCCUUUGCAGGUUGCCAAGGUGCGCAAGCGAAGUAAAGCAUGCCGCGCCGGACUGCGUGAGGGAGAUGAGCUGGUGUCCAUCAAUGAGAAUUUCUGUGGGAAUCUGUCGCAUGCCCAGGCCAUGAACCUGAUCGACAGCAUGCCAGGAACGCUACACAUCCGAGUUAGGAGGACACCGGCUGGCUUCCAUUCAGUGGUUCUGGUUGCUCGAGCUCCUUCUCCCCGCAUUGAUAAAGAGUACCGUGCUGCCAUUAGGGCCAUGUCUCCAUCCAGCUCCCAACCUCACCAGUCCAGUGAGCGGCAGAUCCUGAUAUCCCCGACCGCACGCAGUGGAUUGACCUCCCCACCAGGCAGUGAGGCCUACUACGGAGAAACAGACAGCGAUGCAGAUGUGGCUGCUCAUGAGAGGCAACGCAAACCAAAACGACGUAGUCCAAGCAAUUCACCUGGCAAGGCAGGUCGAGCCUCACCGGAGGGAGCAGAGACUUCAGAAAUGAGUGGGUAUGACAGUGCCUCGGAUGCCCAAGUUUACAAUCUUUUGGGGCCUAAAGUAAGAGAAGAUGCAUUGCCUGGUGUAACCCGCAGAGAAGUGAUUUACCAACCCCCUCCGCAUGGAACCUGGUCCUCUCAGACCUCCACCGAGACUUCAUCCAUGAGCGCAGAUGACCAAAACCCACGAGAAGGGCUAAUGGAAGAGGACAGUGGGUUCCAGGAGCCCACAAAUGUUCCCCCUCUGGUUUCUCCAGAAAGAGCCAAAGAAGCUCUUAUGUUGUGCUCUCGUACUCAGUUGGUGCCCAUGGUUGGGCCAGUUGACAAUCCAGUGGAUGAGGAGCUCACAUUAACAUACACGGAUAAAGCAAAACAAGCAAAAUUGAACCGUGGAGAUACAAUCGCGGACAAACAGGUGAAAGAAGCUCGGUCCAAGUGCCGCACCAUCGCCUCACUACUGACAGAUGCACCUAACCCUCAUUCAAAGGGUGUUUUGAUGUUUAAAAAGCGCAGACAACGCUCCAAGAAAUACACACUGACAAGCUUUGGAAGUGUUGAUGAGGACAUGAGGCAGGACUCUCAGGAAGAGGAUGGCAUAUUUCCUGGCAGUGAAUCAGAAUUUGAUGAGGAAGGUUUCUCUGCUGCACCCGACCCCACAUGGGACAGUGACUACCUUGAGCUGCUGGAGAAAAGAUCUGCUUCCAGAGGUCAGGAAGGAGAAGGUGGUGCUCUGAGUCCUGGUCUGAGUGAUACAUCUGGGAAGGGGGCACAGUUGUUUGAGCAGCAGCGGAGAAGGUCUGAGGAACAUGCAAAGAAAAUAGAAGCUGCGCAAGAACAGUUACAAAGUCAAAUGCUGGGAAUUCCACUGAAAGAGACACCAGCAUCUCAUCAACUACAGGCACCACAACCACAACAAGACCCAUUGACAAAGCCUAAUGUCCAGCCACCACCAGUUGCUCCGAAACCUGGCAGACUUUCAAAAACUCUACAUCAUGAGGUUCCACCAGCAGAGAUGCAAAACAUGACACAGAUGGCCACACCUCAAGCCACUUCCAGUGUCCCUGUUAUGGUAAAUGGAGAUACUUCAAACACAAUGGCACCAGACCCAACUGUGUUGCCCAUAACUAGUCUCUCAGUACCUUCUGCAGAACCUGUGAUGCCUCCACAACCAGCUCCUCUACCAGAUCUCCCUUCAAGUUCUGUGUUAAACAGAACUGCCAGACCUUUUGCCCCAGGCUGUGUUACCAAUCGGGCAGCCACUGCUCCUGUUGUGUUUCGCCCUACAGUCAGUAAGAAGUCACCCAGACCUGUUUCAGUGGCUGUGGUUGCACAUCCAUUCUCUGCACCAUUAGAAGAGCAUGUAAUAAGUGUUAACCCAGCCUCCUUUGUUAGCCAAGUCACAAUGAGUCAAAUGAGAACUGAUGUCCCUCCUGAAGUGAUACCCACACAGCCCUUUAUGCCUGAAAAGUCUGAUCCUCCAUGUGUAUCUGUGGAAUCAUAUUCUCAACCUACUCUUCACUGCUCCUCAGUGGAAAACAUCCAGGUUGCAUCAGUGCCACCUCCCAUAGUUCAAACCCAAGUACCUACCUGUCCUGUAGAAGCCAAAACAACUGUUCCUCCAGCAAUACCUAUUGACAACACAGUGACCGCUGUGGCUCCUGUUAUGGCUCCUAUUACUCCUCGGGCCAUUGCAAUACCAUCCCAAACCUCUUCUAUUUUGACCUCUGCAGCUUCUGAGAUCUCUUUAACUGGAACUCCGGUGUCACCUAUAGUCUAUCAUGAAAAAUCCUCUGCCACCACUGGCCGCACUGGUAUUCUCCAAGAGGCCCGCAGACGUAGCGCCUACAAGCCAAUGUUUAAGAUACCUGAUAGUAAGAAAAACUCACCAAACCCUGAAUUAUUGUGUAUGGUGCAGAACCUAGAUGAAAGACCCAGACGUGGAUGUUAUGAACCGGAAAAUACUACUCACUACAUUGAUGACAAUAGGGCAAAGGUGCCACCGCCUGUGGCUCCUAAGCCAAGGGUCAUCCCAGAAAUGUCACAGAUCCCUCAGGCAGAGGGAAAAGGUGCAGAGCUUUUUGCUCGUAGACAGAGUCGCAUGGAUUGGUUUGUUGUAGACUCUCCACAUCUGCAGCAAGCACCACUACAACCCCAACAAUCCCAAUCAGUCAUAGACUUGAUCGAACCACCAAAAACCUCAACAACCCCAUCCCACUGGAAGUAUUCCCCUAAUGUUCGUGCUCCUCCACCGAUAGGUUUCAACCCCUUGCUGUCUCCAUCCUGUCCAGUUGGGGUGCAGCGUGGGGGUGCCAAAGUGUCUGAGGGAAGUUCUAAAGGAAGUAAGGGUAGUUAUGGUGUCCCAAAAGAAGGUAUCAAAGCCUUGGACUUUAUGAGGAGGCAGCCUUACCAACUGAACCCUGCAAUGUUCAGUUUUGGUGGUGGCACUAGCACAAUGUCUUCUGUGUCCUCCUACCAGAGGCAGCAAAGGGAAGGCCACACUCUGACACCACCCAAGCAGAUCCCAGUAAAGGCUGCACGUGUGUAUGAAAUAAAACGAUUCUCCACUCCCACCCCAAUGUCAGCACCAACUCUCAACCCAACAGUGAUUGUUCCACGCUCACGGACCACACUUGGUGAGCACAUCUCUCAUUCUGACAUGACAUCCCCUCUACCUGAACCUUUACCUGAAUCAACUCCGGCACCUUCACGAGCCCCAGGCCUCCCAGAGCUCCCUAAAAUACCAGCUGUGCCCAUCCCUCACCCCAUGCCAUACUCACCCCCAGCUCCCAUGUCAAGUAUGUCAAGCCUAAGCUACUCUGGGCUUCAAGCUGCCAAACCGUUUAAGAGUGCCCCUGAGUUAAGUUCUCUACCACCACACCCAUUAAAAUCUCCUAUCCAAGUUCCCAAACCUCGUUUUAUUGCAACACGUGUGGGUAUUCAGCCCCGCGUCUGGAGGCCUGGAACCCUUCCUCACUGAUAAUGUUACUUUACAUGUGGAAGAAGCUGAACCAUCUGCUUCUGUUGCAGACUCUAAAUUCAUACUUUUUAAAUAUAAUUUAAUAUAACUUGAAGAUGCAAAGAAAUUAUAUUCUCAAUUCCAGAUAUAAAA